GCUACUGCCGCGCGGAAAGCAGUCGGUCGACAGUCAGUCACGCCGGAGAGACCGGCCCGUACGGAGGCAGCGCACUACCUGUCGUCGAGGCCGGGCGCCAUUCACGUGCGUCGUCAACACCAACAGGCAGUCACAGCUCUCGGGCGCGACAACCACGCGAUUUUCCGGCAAAGCCAAAGCGUCCCCUCCGCCCCAAAAUGCCGCCGGCGGCAGGUCCUCAGCAGCAGGCCGAGUGAGCAAGCAGUCUGCACUGACCGUGUCCGCCGCGAUGAAGCUGAAGGAGCGCGUGGCCAUCGGCGCCGGAAUCGGCGUCACGUUGUUCACUCUGAUCCUGGUGGUCGACCUGCAGAUGGGCCUGUCCGGCAAGCACUCGGCCCUGCUCUACAGCCACGGCAAGGUCAAGUUCGCCAACCAGAAUGCGCCGUUCGGCUACAAGACCCGCUUCCUCCAGCGCAGCGCCAAUGUGUCCAAGGAGGCGUCCGCACAGGCCUCUGACAACCAGGGCGGCACCAGCAACGGCACCGGCGGCGGACGCGUCGGCCGCGCCGACACCAACGAGCUGAAGAAGACGCCGCCUGACAACUUCAGUGACCUGGUCGAGUACCUGGUCGUCCUCAAGAAGAAAGACACUUCUGCUGUCAGCAAGGACAGAGGACCGACCCUGGGGCAGAUCCAUAGAGUCAAGCCAAGAAAAAACAUGACCAUCCUGGAGAGAUUCCAGCUUGGAAUUUCGCAACUUGAGCUGUAUCCCAAAGAUGAUCCUGUCGUCGACAAACUAUUGACCAGCAUGGCCACGAGAAAAAUCGUCCACGUUGCUCAAAAGGACGGUGGAACUCAAAUCAAACUUGUGAUUGACUACGACGACGGUUCCCAGGCUCUGUUCAAACCAAUGAGGUUCCCCAGGGACACUCAAACUCUUCCAAACCACUUUUACUUCACCGACUUUGAACGUCACACGGCCGAGAUCGCCGCCUUUCAUCUGGACAGGAUUCUCGGUUUUCGGCGUGCGAUGCCAGUGGUUGGUCGCGUGCUGAACAUGACCACCGAGAUCUACAACAUUGGUGACGCCGAGCUGCUGAAAACGUUCUUCGUGUCGCCGUCGGACAACCUGUGCUUCCACGGCAAGUGCAGCUACUACUGUGAUACAGCACACGCCGUGUGCGGCAACCCAGACAUGCUAGAAGGCUCGUUCGCCGCCUUCCUGCCCGACAAGGAGCUCGGUCCGAGGAAGGUCUGGAGGCAUCCAUGGCGCAGGUCCUACCACAAGAGGAGAAAGGCACAAUGGGAGCUCGACGACGAGUACUGCUCGUUGGUGCGUGACAUCCCCCCAUACGACGCGGGUCGACGAAUGCUCGACCUCGCCGACAUGGCUGUGUUCGACUUCCUCACCGGCAACAUGGACCGGCACCACUACGAGACCUUCAGGCCGUUCGGCAACGCCACCUUCCCGCUGCACUUGGACCACGGCCGUGGAUUCGGCAAACCCUACCACGACGAGACCUCCUGCCUCGCGCCGAUUUACCAGUGCUGCACAAUCAGGAGAGACACCGUUGCUAAUCUUCUCAGAUUUCAUAAUGGACCGAAGAAGUUGAGCGAGGCGAUGCGAGAGUCGAUGAAUCGCGAUCCGCUGAGCCCGAUCCUGUGGGAGCCCCACCUGGCAGCCCUGGACCGCCGCGUGCAGAUCGUCCUGAUGACCGUGCGCGACUGCGUCUCGAGGAGCGGCUCGCCCGACACAGUGAUCAUCAGCGACUUCAACUACAAUGCCAGCCCGGACGAGAAGAAAGGCAGCAAUGAAGUGUGAAUGAGAGAAGCGUGACUGCGCGUGGCGAAAGACCAACAUUUUGGCCUAAUUACUCGAAGUUGCACUCUUAACAGAAACUUCCAUAAAAAUGCUGCAUCUAAAUGAGCAGCCAAGAGAGAAGUGUCGUUCCUCAAGCCGCAAAAUCGAUAGCUGAUAUUUGUGAAUCUGAAGUUUCUGUCGAGAGGAGGGUUUUGUAAUAAAAUACGCACAGUAGUAAAUUGUUAGAAACUGGUCGAUAUUUCGCACUGUUCACGCAGCAGAGACAAGAGUCAGAUUGCACCAGCUCGAGAGCUCGAGUGCACUCAAAUGCGUAUAUUUAUACUCGGUGUGCGCGUGUAAGAACUGACCAACAUAUCAAACCACACUCGUCCAUAUCAAGUUAAUCAAAUUUCGUUUGAGCUCGCCCUGUGAGCGGACACAAGAGAUGAUUGUCUUUGUACAUUACGAUAAAAGUGAUGUUGCUUGAGAACAACAAAAACCGAUUCGACAGUUAUUUUUGGCAGGAGUAUGAUAAUAUAUGAGACAAUUUAUUUUAAUAUUCUAUAGCAAGACGUGUUCAGUUGAAAAUGUUUUUGACUUGCGGCUGUGAUGUUUAAAUAAGAAACAUUGAGUAGGAGCCAUUUUUAUUCAACAUGAAUCUAGUGAAUCAUUCAAAGAGAGCAAACGAUGAAAAAGAAAGAAAGUAAUUGGAAUCAACUAAAAGCAGGCAUUGUGGAAAUUGUUUCGUUCAAUCCCCGAAAACCUGCACACACUUUCUGAAUUAAUUAAUUGUGCUCAAGACAUCUGUCUAGUCUGAAUCAAAAAUGUUAAUGAAACGUCAUCCUGAACCCAAUUUUGUUGCAUCGCCUCCAUCGUUGCGUAUCCCACUCAUUGCGAGGUAAAGGAUUUAUGAGAAGACAACGAAUUUGUUUUCAAUGUGCGGAGUUUAAUGUUUCAAAGGCCGGGAUAUUCAAGAGUGGAUUAUGUAUCUCUAGUUACCAAGAACCAUCACGAUGAUGCUGAUUCCUAUUUGUUUGUUUCAUUUUUUCGCAUUUUUUUUGACAAGGUGCAGGUUCAUUAAAGGCAAAACAAUUGUUUAAACAGCCAAGGACCUCCUGAAAAACUUCUUCCAAACUUUUAUGUUUUUACUUCAUUUUAUGGCUUGAUAAUGUUCCUAAACCCUCCAAUCUGCCAUUCAGCUUCAUUUCUUUUUCUUUUAGAGUAGAGUAACCAUGCGAAAGUUGCUAAUUUUGAUAAAUCUCAUUAGUAAUUUUCGCCUUUUAAUUAACACCUGGGGAUUUGUUUGUAAGUGCACACUAGAUUCUAAGGCGUCUCUAAUUUUUUGCUGAGAUCUCAGUGAAACAGAUGACAAUUGUAAUGCACUGCUGCUAAACCAAACAUAAAAAAUUGGUUGCGAACUCCGUGAAAAAAAUGCACUAACAAAGAGAAAAGCAUGCCUGUGAAACACAUCCUAAGUAAAUAAGUUUAGCUCUGUAAGUGGAAAGUUGUAUAUUGAUGUUGAAUAAAUGAAAUAAAUUGAGUA